AGUUAUAGUGUCUUUUGGAGAUGUUCUAAGCUACUAUGAAAGGGAGACUUAUAAGAUGCUAAUAUAUUCUAACAUGUUGGGUGAGACUGCCUGAGAGCAAUUUAAAGAGAAAGAAAAGAUGGUUAAAUCAAAUGUCUCUUAAUAUUUUGUCAGGGCAGAAUCCUCAAGAUUUGAAAGAAAGUAGGUACCCUCUUCUUAUUUUCUUUCGGUUCAUAUCAACAAGUGUGCGAAUAAACCAAAUCAGGUGAACCAUUAAAUUGCUUCAAACAUUUUUUCCUAAUUACUCAACCGAAACAAACUCUUGUUAAGCCUUAAUUAAAAGAUUUUCACAAAUUUUGUCUUUUUGCAUACACAUGUAAACACAUUUAUCAAUUUUCUGGAACAUGCUUAAAGACCAUUUCAGAGAAGACUCUCACAAGUCCAAAACAUGUUUAGUUUAUGUCUGGUGACUUGGUUCAGGUUGUGCAUAUUAAACUAAUAAAUUAGAGACUUAUUGUAGAAUAAGGAGACGACCUUACCUGACCUGACCCAAGUCACCAGAAUAAACUGAAAGUCAUUAUGUUGAUAAGAAGAAAAAAUUAGAAGAGAUGACUUUCAACAGCUGAAACUUACUUGGAAGUUCAUUUUCUUUGCCCAGGGGUGUUUCUGGGAAAAUGUCCCUCCAGGUCCCCACUUCACAAAGCUGGUUUGAAGUUUUUGGAAAGUCAAAAUCAUUUUGACUUUCGGAAAAUUUAUAUGUUAUCUGAAUCCCAUAUAGUAUUAUGGGUAGAUGUAAAUUGAAAAAGUAAUGCUGAAAACAAAAUAUCAAAUAUAAAUUUCUACGAUGUUUUUAUUAAUUUUAUUAUGAGAAAGUCUAAAGAAAAUAAUGGAUAUUAUUGUUUUAUAACAAUCCUAGUUUUUUUUUUUUUUUGUCGACAACAAUCCUAGUUUAUUCCAAUGAAAACAAUAAAGAACUAAUAUAUAUUGAUAUCAUGAUUAGUUUUUAUUAUUCCCUAAUAUAUUUUCAUUGAGAGGUGUAUUUGUAAAGAAGUAUAAAUUUAGUUAGUAAUUAAAUAAAAAAACUGGUAGUGUAUAUAGUAAAAGAGGAAUGGAGUAGGGUUGGUGAAAUGGAAAAGGAGUUGUUAUAAAUUCAUAAUUAUGGAAAAUAGAGAGAAAAGGGAAGGAAGAAAAACAAGAAAAUAGUGUUAAUGUGUUUCUCUUUAGCCUAAAAACUCAUUUGUAUUUGCCCAGGGGUGUUUCUGGGAAAAUGUCCCUAUAGCAAGAACCAUAUAAUGCUUACCAUUGUAUCGUACUGUACUGUGCUAUUUGCUGUUAUGUUCUUGACAUUCAUUUUUACUUUUGUUUUGGUUUAAUGCAUUUACACAAAUUCCCAAAAGGAAAGAAUCCGUUGCAAUUGAGUGAAUCAAAUCUGGAGAAGAGAGUAGAGGUCUGAAUCGUCUGAUGCAGAGAGAACCAAACAUGAAUCCAAACUCCGACAACAACCAAAGAUGGGAGGCGAAGCUGAAGGACUUAACUUCCAACGUCCAGCAGAUACAAGACAGCUUGUUGGAGGAGAUACUCACACCAAACCUGAACAUAGAAUACCUCCAACGUUUUCAAGUCGAGAGGUUUGAUAAAGAGCUCUUCAAGAAGAACGUACCGGUCGUGUCCUAUGAAGAUAUUAAGCCUUAUAUCGAUCGUGUCGUGAACGGAGAGUCAUCCGAUGUAUUAUCGGCCCGUCCUAUUACUGGUUUCUUGCUAAGUUCUGGAACUUCGGGAGGAGCACAAAAGAUGAUGCCAUGGAACAACAAGUACUUGGACAAUUUAACAUUUGCAUAUGAUCUUCGUAUGCACGUUAUAACCAAGCAUGUGAAAGGUUUAGAACAAGGAAAAGGGAUGAUGUUUCUCUUCACUAAACAAGAAGCCAUUACUCCUUCUGGCUUACCUGCUCGAGUCGCAACCAGCAGCUAUUUCAAGAGCGACUAUUUCAAGAACCGGCCAUCCAACUGGUACUACUCGUACACAAGCCCUGACGAAGUCAUAUUAUGUUCCAACAACACACAAAGUCUGUACUGCCAUUUGCUAUGUGGACUGGUCCAAAGAGACGAGGUUGUGAGAAUGGGUUCCAUCUUCGCUUCAGUCAUGGUCCGAGCAAUCAAGUUUCUUGAAACUUAUUGGGAAGAGUUGUGUUCAAACAUCCGUUCAGGCCGUCUCAGCGAGUGGAUCACAGACCUUGGUUGUCGUAGUUCCGUGUCUUUGGUCCUUGGAGGACCACGUCCUGACUUAGCAGACACGAUUGAAACUAUAUGCAACCAGAGUUCAUGGAAAGGUAUAGUCACAAGACUUUGGCCAAACACCAAGUAUAUUGAAACCGUUGUUACGGGUUCAAUGGGACAAUACGUUCCCACCAUGAACUACUACUGUGACGACUUGCCUCUCGUUUCAACAACGUACGGUUCUUCGGAGACAACGUUUGGGAUUAAUGUAGAUCCUUUGUGCAAACCUGAAGAUGUUUCUUAUGCUUUCAUGCCUAACAUGUCUUACUUUGAGUUCAUUACAAUGGAUGGAGACAAGCGUGAUGUGGUUGACCUUCAAGAUGUGAAGCUUGGGUGCACUUAUGAACCCGUGGUCACAAAUUUCGCCGGUUUGUAUAGAAUGAGAGUGGGAGACGUUCUCUUGGUGACUGGUUUCUACAACAACGCACCUCAGUUUAAGUUCGUAAGAAGAGAGAACGUUGUCUUGAGCAUAGAUUCAGACAAAACCAACGAGGAAGAUCUCUUUAAAGCUGUUAGCCAAGCCAAGCUCGUUCUUGACUCAUCAGAUCUCAUUCUUGUAGACUUCACCAGCUAUGCAGACACCUCAACGUUUCCGGGUCAUUACGUGCUUUAUGUGGAAGUAAAGGCCAAAGAAGGGAACAAUCAUUUGGAGCUCAAUGAAGAGGCAUUCUCCAAGUGUUGUUCAGUGAUAGAGGAUUCACUUGACAAUGUUUACAAGAGAUGUAGGUUCAAAGAUGGAUCGGUGGGACCAUUGGAGAUAAGGGUGGUGCGUCAAGGGACGUUUGAUUAUCUCAUGGACUUCUUUAUUAAACAAGGUGCUUCCAUUGGUCAAUACAAGACUCCUAGAUGCAUUAAAUCAGGAAAGGCCUUAGAAUUUAUGGAGGACUAUGUGGUUGCAAGUUUCUUUAGUACUUGAAAUUGUUGUUCUUUGAAUUGUUGGUCCAAGUGACUCGUGGUGGAGUCUUAGUUGCAAUAAAUUUACAUGUGCCAGUCUAUCUUGUGCACUUUCUGAA